AUGCCUGAGCAAGAGGUUACUUACACAACUGUGAGAUUUCAUAAGUCGUCAGUGUUCCAGAGUGAAAUGAGGUCUGAGGAGACUCGAAGUGCUAAAGAAAAUGGCCACAGAGAGAGUUCAGUCCCCUGGAAGCUCAUUGUGAUAGCUCUUGCAAUCCUCUGUGCCGUUCUGAUGGUAACUGUUGCAGCAUUGGUGACAAACAUUUUUCAGUACAGUAAUGAAAACCAUGAACAGCAGAAAACUCAAAACUGUCACCAUAACUGCAGCACCAUGGAAAAUGACAUCAAAUUAAAGGAAGAAAUGCUGAGAAAUAUAUCUGUAGAGAGUGUUCAAUACAAUGCUUUUCUAGACUUAAUCAACAGAGAACAAAACAGAUGGUACAAGAAAACUAAGACUGUUUUAGCUUCCCCUCAGCACACAGGCAGGUGUGAUGAAAUGCACUGGUUCUGCUAUGGUAUAAAAUGUUAUUAUUUCACCAUGGAUAUAAGAAUAUGGCGUGAAUGUAAACAGACCUGUCAGAACUACAGCUUAUCCUUUCUGAAGAUAGAUGAUAAGGAUGAACUGGUACUGUAG